ACUCGGCAUGGCCUCUGGAGCAUUCCCGCGCGAUUCGCUUCUAGUAGACUUGUGCUAUAAUCUUUGCAGUCUUCAUCUUCAUUGUUAUGAAUAAGACUUGACAAAGAAGUGAAGAUUCAGGGGAGUGCGAGUAUAGUGCAGAGCAUUAAUUUCAGGUUCAGGGACUCUGCACCACUGUCCAACAAAAGGCGAGCGACCAAAGUUGACAGAUAACCUUUCAAGCUUUGAAUCGAAAUCAUUCACCAUGAAGGGAAAGAUCAGGAAAAUCACCCUUACAAAUUUCAUCACAUACGAACACCUAGAGCUCAUUCCAGGACAAAACAUGAAUCUGAUUAUUGGACCGAACGGCUCUGGAAAAUCGUCUAUUCUGUGUGGAAUGUGUCUAGGACUUGCAGGAAAGCCUAGCUCAAUUGGACGCGUUACAAAGCUGUCUGAUUAUAUCAAAGUUGGGUGCAACGCUGCCACAAUUGAAAUUGAACUGCUUGGCACCAAAGGGGCAGCUAUCAUUACUAGAAUCAUCAACAAAGGUGGAUCUGAUUCAUCUGGCGGGACCUCAAAUUUUGCUAUCAAUGGCAAAACGGCCAAUCAGAAAGAGGUGAAUGAAUUUGUCAAGUCCAUGAACAUCCAGAUGGACAAUUUGUGCCAGUUCCUUUCCCAAGAGAGAGUGCAAGACUUCACCAAAAUGAACGCUAAAGAACUUCUGAUCAACACUGAAAAGACAGUUGGCAACAGUGAAAUGUAUGAAAACCAUCAAAGGCUGAUCACUCUCUGCAAGAGUGGAGGGGGCCAAGAAAAGUCGGUGAGCAACAUGGAGGAAGGUUUGAUCAGAGAGAAGAGCCGGCUGGAACAGCUAGAGGUACGCAUGCAGGGUAUGAGAGAAAGGGUUGAGCUUGUCAAGAAAUUGACCCACGUGAAGGCCAAAAUUCCAUGGGUUGAGUACAAUGAUCAAGUAGAGAGCAUGAAGGAGAUCAAGGGAGACAGGUCAAAGGCGAAAGAAAAGGUCACUGCAAUGGAAAAAGCGCUCAAGCCCCUGGAGAAAGCUACCAAUGAACUGAAUGAGAGACUGAAACUUCUGAAAGCUGAAGCAAGGAAAAAGACCUCAGGUCCAGCUGGUGGGAUCAAAAAGUACAUUGAGGACGAGGACAAGGUCCAAAGAGAAAUCCAGAGGAAGGUAGGAGACCUGCGUGAGAUUGAAAAGCAGAAGGAAAAGUUCCAGAGCGAGCUUGCUCUUCUCGAGUCAAAAAUCGCCAGCAACCAAGAAAAGUUGGAAGAGCUAGAAUCCUCGUUUGAUCCUGCUGAAAACAAAAAGGAAUUGGAGAAGUUGAACACCAAAACUCGGGAACUCUCUCGCUCAAUCGAAUCUGAGCAAGUGAAGUUGAGCACAAUCAAACGUCGGAUCACUGAUGCAAACUCUGCUAUCAGAGACAUUGACUAUGAUAUCAAAGAUCAGACCAAUUUGUCCACGAAGAGGGUCAGUGAGUUGAUUCGCCUGGACAAGCUGGCUUAUGAUGCGACGAUUUACCUCAAGAGAGAACUCGUCAAUUACAAUUUUGUAGGAGAAGUCUAUCCUUCCAUUGUCCUGGAGAUCAACACCAAGGACAAGAGGGCUAACAAGUACAUGAACUUAAUGGUCAGCAGGAGGGACAAAGUUGCCUUUUUGUGUGAGAAGAGCGAUGAUUUCAACUUCCUUUUCAUGCAUCUCAAAACCAAGUUUGGCAAAGGAGUCAACAUGCUUUGUCAAGAUAAGGAAAAUCUUGACCUCCAACAUCCAAUGGAAGUCAGUCAGCUCAAGAACUUGGGAUUUGACGAUUACCUCUCCAACCUUGUGAAUUGCCCCCAAGGGAUCUUCAACUUCCUGUGCAAAUCGUACAGGCUGCACUGCAUUCCUGUUGCGUUCAAAGAUGGUCAAGUCAAACCAGAUGAAGCUUCUAAAUACUUCAACUCUUACUUCAUUGGUGACACACACUACAAGAUCUCCACCUCGAGAUACACAAAUGAAAAGUCCUCGCGCACAACUCCCAUUCAUGCCAAGACAAGUUUGCUUGACAUCAAUGUUGAUCACGGCCUCGUUAGCAGUCUCAAAAAAAAGAGAGAACAGAAGGUUCUGGAGAUAGAGGAAUUGAAGAGUGAGCUGCAGCAAGCACAGUCUGCGAUUGAGUGUCUGGAAAGAGAGCAGGAGCCUAUUAGAAAGAACAUCAAGGAUCUCCGCAUUCAGGAAACACAAAUCAAUGAUCUGAAGAAACAAUUGAACAGAAAUAUGUCUUCUAAGAAUGCUAAACUGGAGCAGCAAGGAAAUUUUGAUAGCAACAAAGAGAAAUUGCUGCAGGGCAACAAAGUUCUGUUCAAAAAUGUGAUGCAGAGACUUGGCGACUUCAAGAAGCAUCUGAAGAAGUGCUACGAGUAUGACAUUGAGAGCGACUUUGCAAACAUGGAAGUCAAGGCACUCUCUCGCAAACACCAGUCAAAAUUUGAGGAGUUGGAUGAGAGGAAGAAGGAAUACAUGGAUUUCCUAAGAACUGUUAAAAAUCUUGAGGCUGUGUACCAAAGAAAGAAGCAGGAGAGUGAAGAUCUGAGGAAAGCUGCUGAAGAAGCGAUUGGCUGCAAACCAAACGACCCCAAAUUCAAAAAGUUCCAGGAAAUAUUUUCCAAACUGCCAAGCACGUUGAUUGAGCUUGAUGAUAUGAAGACAGAAAUGGAGAGCCGUCUUGAAUUCAUGGACAAUUCUGCUGACGGCAAUGUGGCAGAACUUCUUGACGUGCAAAAGACAAAGGUGGCUAAAAUUGAGAAGGACUUGGUUGCCUUGAGGAAAGAGGUAGCAAGCCGCAAAGCUGAAAUGGACAAGCUGAAAGCAACUUGGGUGCCUGCCCUUCGCGAGCUUGCAGACAGGAUCUGCGUCAAGUUUGAGAGACUCUUCAACUACAUGAAUUGUGAAGGAACAGUAAAGCUAAUUGAAGGCAAUCCUGAGGUGCCUGAUGAUUACGAAAACUUUGGUUUGAGCAUCCAAGUCAGUUUCCGAGCUGGAGAGAGCAUGCAGGAGCUUGGAGGAACUCAGAGUGGAGGGGAGCGGUCUGUGUCCACUGCAAUCUACUUGCUUGCCUUACAGGAACUUACAGAAGUACCGUUCCGUUGCUUGGAUGAAAUCAAUCAAGGUAUGGAUGCUACAAACGAACGCCGCAUCAUGGAGUUGAUGAUGAAGAUGUCUGGAGGCAAAGACAGCUGCCAGUAUUUCCUUGUCUCACCAAAGCUCCUUGCCAAUUUGGAGUAUGUCAACUCCUGCCGAGUGCUAUGCGUUCAACAGCCAAUGCGAAUGGACACAACCAAGUGGUCAAUGCACAAGUUCAUUCUAGACAAGCAGAUUGCAGCUGGUGAGAAAAAGCAGAAGUUGGAUAGAAAUCAUCCUCAAGAUAAUGAAGAGGAUAGUGAGUGAAUCAGUGCUUGGACCCUUCAAAUAGUAAGCAAGCUCUUUUGUACUCAGUUGAAGCUCUCAUUCGCGCUAUGGGACCUGAAUCUCUAAGAUAGCUCAGUUUUUUACUUAUUCACUCAAAUAAAAAUGUUAUUUUCAAAAGGAAA